AUGAAGAGAGUAGUAGCUAUAACUUUGCUGGUGGUGCUAGCCGUGGCUCAAUUCAUGGCGACCCCGAGCGAGGCAACCGUUACUUGUGGCCAAGUGGAGGCUUCUCUCUCCCAGUGCAUUGAGUACUUGAUUCGAGGUGGUACUCCAACGGGGCAAUGCUGUGCCGGAGUGAAAAACUUGAAGGAUUUGACUCAGAGCCAACCAGACAGGCAAGCUGCGUGUGAAUGUCUCAAGAAAGCUGCAACAGAUCACCCCAAUAUUAAGCCUGAUGCUGCCUCUGAUCUCCCUAAAAAGUGUGGUGUUCCAAUCAGUGUUCCAAUUUCUCCUACCGUUAACUGUGGCAAGUAA